CUUUGCAGCUUGCACCUACUCCUUUUAUACACAACAAGAACAAAAACAACAUAGGCUAAACUAAACACAAACACAACAACAACAACACAAGUGUGUGUGCCCGCGCGCUUGUGUUUUUGUGUACUGUUCUUCUUGUUUUUCCUUUUUUUUUUUUCAUUCAUGGAGAAGCACAAGUGCAAGCUUUGCUUGCGGAGUUUCGCGAACGGAAGAGCGUUGGGAGGUCACAUGCGGUCUCACAUGCUGAACCUACCUGUUCCUCCGAAACAGAGCGAGUUCGUGCCGAUUCAACUCAGCUUCGAGGCCGACUCAUCUCCUUCGCAGUCUUCAUCUUCCUUCUACGGUCUCAGAGAGAAUCCGAAGAAGAGCUUUCGUUUCGCAGAUCCUGAAUUUGCGUUUGCAGCAGCAGACACGGGCUCGGUGAUCCUGCAGGACAGGGAGAGCGAGACCGAGUCGUCGAGGAAUCCGACUAGGACACGAUCCAAGAGAGCGUGGCAACUCGGUGGCGACGGUGGUGGCGGUGGCGGCGGUUCAGGUGAAUCAGAAAAAAAGAUUAUGAAAGUUUGUAAAAUUAGUAAAACUAACGAAUCUGCAAGUUCGGUUUCGGACACGACGAGGGAGGAAGACGUCGCAUUCUGUCUCAUGAUGCUGUCUCGCGACAAGUGGAAGGAGGAAAAUAUUAACAAUUUAUUAUAUGAUCAUGAUCAGGAUGAUGAUGAAGACGAGGAGGACGAUGAAGAAGACGAAAACAAUGAGGACGAUGACGGUUACGAAUCGGAAGAGAAGUCUCUUAAGAAGAGCAACAACAAGGUGCGAGGGAGGUACAAAUGCGAGACGUGUGAAAAGGUGUUUCGAUCUUACCAGGCUCUCGGAGGACACCGCGCCAGUCACAAGAAGAUCAAGCUCAACAACAACAACAACAACAACAACAACAACGAAGGUGAACUCGAAGUUCAGCACGUUGUUGUGGAGAAGAAAAUCCACGAAUGUCCUGUUUGUUUCCGAGUAUUCGCUUCCGGUCAGGCUCUGGGUGGACACAAGAGAACACAUGUGAUUGGUUCUUCAACUGCUGCAACAACCGUUUCUGUUAGAAGUUCUGUUGCAACGGUUUCGGUUAGAACAGCUUCUACUACUAGAGUUGGAGAUAGUUUGAUAGAUCUCAAUCUUCCUGCUCCAGUGGAUGAUGAUGAAGAGGAGGAGGAGGAUGUUAGUCAGUUCGACGACUCAGCUGUUUCGGAUGCAGAGUUUGUUAAACUGUGAAGUUUUUCUCCUCAAACUUAUUUGGAUUUUCUUUUUUCUUAGGCCCUGAUCCCAAGGUACAAAAAUUUUGGUUCGGUUAUUUACUUGCAAUUUUAGAUUUGUUCAGCCAUUUGGGCUAAUUAUAACUUACAAUAUGGUUACUCUAUAGUUGGUUUUAUCUAAUAAUUUCACAAUUCUUCUCAAAUUUGGUUCUUCA